AUGGUUUGGCCCUUCUCCAGGAGGCAGAAUGGAUCUCAAGAUAGGGAACCUGAGGCUGGCCCCGAAAUUAACUCAAAAGCGAGCGGUAAAAAGUACCUUUUAGAAGACACCAAGCCUCGGUUCGCCAAUGAAUCGCAGAGCCAAUAUGCAAAUGCUCAGGAACAGGCGACCCUGCGCAAGGCGUGGGAAACCGUCGACUGGCAAGACUUUUCUUUUGAGAGGUUGGUGCGUAUCCCCUGCUUUCGGGAUGCCGGCAUGACGGGGUUUACCAGCAUGUUCGUGCUGGGAAGUGUCAUGUUCUUGUACCAUAAAAAUCCCAGCAAAGCUGCCAAUUGGUCCGUGGGCGGCCUCAUGCUGGGAAGCAUAGUAGGCUGGGAGCAGUGUCGAUUGAGGCGAAAGAACAGCUUCCACACUGCCCAGAUGGCCAAAAGCACUGUUGCAGCUAAAGAAAAGCCCAUGUUGCACACGCCAGUCAACGACGACCGUGUAAAAAAGGAGUGGGAAGGCCACACCUCUGCAAGCACUGCGAAAAAGCCGUGGUACAAGUUUUGGUGA